AAUCAUUUCAUUAGAACAGUUUUUUUGUUCGUAUUAAUCAAGCAUCAUAAUUAAUGCUUACCUGCUUACAGUAUGAAUACUUGUUCGUAACUUGCCCACAUACCUGGUACCUACCUUAGUUUUUUUCCUCCUUUCCCAAUAUUGAGUCUCCCAUGGCUAAGCCGCCCAGGAUGGUUAUAUGCCGCGAACAACAGUGCCGCAGAGGUACGCUGUGCUUUCAUAUGUUGGGCUGUCACCUCACCCAAAAACGGACAUGAUCGCAGGGUGGUACGACUGAAAAAAAAAAGCAGAGAGCGAGAGAGAGCGCGCGCUGAAUUUAUCCGUUCUGACGUGAUAAAAGUCGGAACGGGGCUCACCGAAUGGAUGGUGUUCCUUGUAUCACAACAUGCUCAAGCUAACAAGCGGCAAUCUAUUAAGCUACUGCUACUGUCCCAACAGCCGGAAUCUUCGCAGUCAUGGCAAUGCAACCUGAACACGAGAACACGGCAAUGUGGGAUAUGAAAGUAGUAGACCUUACUUAUCUGGAUGUACUGAUAGGAAUCAGUCAAUGGUACGGUUUGUCUUUCUGAUGGUUGAAAAAAUCGCCGAUUAGACGUCCGAAGCCAACACCGGGACGAAAAUCCCCGACGGAAAUCUCGGAACCAAUAAGACCCAGCCGGUCCGCCAAUUGGCUCCGGGAUACGCUGGGCAUCAAGGAGCGCCUGCCAAACAUUGAGAACAUCUUCCCCUUCAGUCAUGUACAAACAGGCGCAGCAAAACUAUGGCUACCACUGCUGAGGGCGAUUUCCUCUGGGGAGCCACAAUGCAGGCGCGAGCCCGCAAGCUCCUCCUGGAGUACCAGGAGCGGUACGUUGCCGCAAAUCCCAAGUCGGCGGAUUCGUUCGGUCGCGCCUCGGUCUCUCUUGCGGGAGGCAACACGCGAUCCGUUCUACACUACGAUCCCUUCCCCAUGGUUCUGGUCUCGGGAAGGGACUGUUUUGUAUCUUCGGAAGACGGCCGGGAGUAUGUCGACUUCGUGUCCGAGUACUCUGCCUGCAUGCUGGGUCACUCACAUCCGGCGGUGGCAGAAGCGGUUCAGGCAGUCAUGAGCAGGGGAAUCAACCUCGGCGGCGCGAGCAAGGAGGAGCAGGUUCUGGCCGCACUCUUGACGGAGCGCAUUCCCUCCAUGGCGCGGGUGCGCUUUUGCAAUUCAGGCACCGAGGCAAACACCAUGGCGCUCACUCUUGCCCGACACCACACCGGUCGUCGAAAGAUCCUCGCUUUCGAGAACGGAUACCACGGCGGCUUUAUCGGCUUCGACAGCGGCGUGCUUCCUACGACGGUGCCCUUCGAGUUUGUGCUGGCACGGUAUGACGACGCUACCCACGUCCGUGAGCUGGUCGACGACUCAUUCGCCGCCAUCAUCGUCGAGCCCAUGCAGGGCGUCGGUGGCAUGAUACCCGCCUCCCGCAGAUUCCUACAAACGCUGCGCGAGGUUGCUGAUGCGACCAGCGCUGUGCUAAUCUUUGACGAGGUGGUUACCUCCCGCCUGAACUACAACGCUCUCCAGUCCCACCACGGCGUUUUCCCCGACCUCACAACUAUUGGGAAGUUCUGGGGGGGGGGGGGGGGCGGCUUCUCGUUCGGCGCUUUUGGAGGCAAAGCCGACAUCAUGGCGGCCAUGGAUCCUCCGGCGCUCGGCGGAUCCACCAGCAGCGCUCAGCAGCAGCGCCUGAGCCACUCGGGGACGUUCAACAACAACGCCUUCAGCAUGACGGCCGGGGCGGUUGCGUGCCGACUCAUCACGCGCGAGGCUAUUGCAAGGGCCAAUGCGCUGGGCGACCGGCUACGGGAGGGCAUCACGGCCGCAGGCAGGAACGCAGAAGCAUCACCCUGGAUGUGGGCCAGCGGUUUCGGAAGCAUGCUGAAUGUGCACUUUGGGGGAUUUGCCGCGGCGGAGCUCCGAGAUCUUUUCUUCUUCUUCAUGCUAGAUCGGGGUUUCUACGUGUCCCGCCGCGGGCUGAUUGCGCUCAACUUGAUGCAUACGGACCACCACGUGAGCCAGAUGCUCGGUGCAGUGCGCGCUUUUGUCGAAGAACUCGUUCGGGCAGUUCCAUAGAUUCGCGGUCCUCGCUCAAGUUCUGGCCCCAAGGCCACAGUUAUGGCCUCUUAUCGCCACUCAGCAAACACUUACGGCAGUGAAAGAUGCUCUUCUUUUUUUCUUCUUUUUCUUCUUCAAAAGUAGAAUUCGAGAUCCUCCAGUAGGCAUUCCAGCCUGGUUUACAAGAUUGAGGUCCUCUACCUGAUGCAGUUCUUCGCCAUCACCAUGUUUCGCAACCAGAAGGUUUGUGCUCGGUAUUAUCUGACAUCCAGUCGCCACCCGAAUACGGGUGCGGCUCUGCUAGGAUGAGAGACGGUUGAUACUGAAAACCCAACUCAGCUGGCACCUUGGUUCAUGUUAUAGCUGAUACUCGUCUCAUAUUCCUAGCCACAAGAUGUAUUAGAUUGGAUGUAUUCUAGCUAUCUAGGCACAUAUUCACUGGCAGUGACCAGAUGAUAGUCUAUACAUACAGCAAGAUGCUUCGUCAUAUGCAUUUUCCUGAUGUACAAAUGAAGAAAUCCCGAAAGCAAAAGGCAGAAAACAAAAAAAAGCUGAAAUAAGAAAACAAAAGGGUAUCAUGUCAAACAAUCUCGACCCCUUUCACGUAGGGAAGAAAACAGGCUAGAAAAUCAAAGUAACCGAAAAAAAUAACAAGAAAGCAUCUCAUCUGUCGUGUCAUCUCGUUUUGGACUCAUCCAAUUCAGGCAUAUCCGGGAAGCUCACUGUUCCCAGAAUACCUUAGAUCUGGGAGCGUCAUCGCUCGCGGCCUCAACAUCGACUCGACUUCAGCAUCCUCCAUGGCCGUCUCAAAGUCCGGCAGCACCUCAGGUCUCGGAGACUCGACGCCAGCAAUGGCCGCGAUCUGCAGCGGGAGAGACAAGGCCAGCGUCGUUGACCCCGAGUUGGAUCCGCCGACAGUCAAGGAGAUUUGGAGAGAGUAGGUGCGCGAGGUGAUGCAGCUCGCAAACGACGGAAUGAAGGUCUUGCCACCGCCCCUGGCACUCCCUGCGCUAGGUAGCCGGAUGGGCACAGGGACCUCGCUAGAGUGGUAAAUGGGUGACGCAAACCUCUCC